AUGACAGUGAAGGCCAUCCAAAGACUACAGGAAGUGUUUGCUUUUGAAGAGAUCCAUCAUGAUAUUCCACCACAGAAGAAGCCCCCUCGAUUCAUGCUGGACUUGUACAACCAAGUGGCAGAUUCUGAUGGCAUAACCAAAGCACCAGGUCUACUGCAAGGGAACGUAGUCAGGAGCUUUGAGAGCAAAGUGAAUGUUGAUCCAGAACAUCCUUACUUCUUCAACAUCUCAUCGGUGGGGACCAACGAGAAGGUGCUAAAGGCUGAACUUCGCAUUUUUAAGUGGAAGCCUCUUGCAAUGGUUGCAAAGCACCAUUUCUGUAGGGUGGAUGUGUAUGAGCUUUUGGACAGUGCCUCAACACCCUGGAGAGGGAACUUGAUUGCCUCCCGUCUUCUACCCCUGCACUUCCAGGGCUGGGAGAUGUUCAAUGUCACUCUGACAGUCUCUAAGUGGGUUGGUGAAAGCAAUAUGAACCAUGGUUUCCUUGUUACAUACAUUCUACCUUCUGGGAAAUACAUGGAGACAGAAGUCCUAGGACAGAAGAAGCAUCAGUCAGUAAUCAGGAGGUCCUAUCUUGUCCUCCAUAGUGAUGAUGGAAGAGGGGGAGUCACAAAGAGUGAAACGUUCCAUUACAAUAUAAAGGACCAAGAUGCACCUCUUCUAAAGUCAGAGACUCAGUCUAUCAUGCCACCAGAACCGAACAGGGUUACGAAUGGAGCUAACCAACUAAAGAUUCGUCAUGUCAGAGAAGUUGUUGAAGACACAGACCCACCAUGCAAACGCAAGCCGAUGUACGUGGACUUUGAAGAGAUAGGAUGGGAUGCAUGGAUUAUUUCUCCAAAAGGAUAUAAUGCCUACUUCUGCAAGGGUACUUGUUCCUUCCCUCUUGGGCAGGAUAUGGGAGCUACUAACCAUGCUUCUGUGCAAUCAAUUGUCCACAUUCUCAAACUCAAUAAGGACGUUAGCAAACCAUGCUGUGUCCCAAAUAAACUCACCUCCAUAAACUUACUUUACUUUAAUGAAGAAGAGAAUGUUGUUCUUAAACAGUAUAAUGAUAUGGUGGCAGUAAGCUGUGGAUGUCUUUAA